GAUUAAUCACAUGAUACUGACAUGCUUUUGAGGGACAUCAUCUGCAACGGUGUUUAUGCAGCAGAAUGAGUUCAGAGGGAGAAAAGAAAGAAUAUUUGUUCAAGGUUCUAGUUAUUGGUGAUCUUGGCGUAGGAAAGACGAGCAUCAUCAAAAGAUAUGUGCAUCAGUUCUUCUCAGUGCAUUAUAGGGCUACCAUUGGUGUUGACUUUGCUCUUAAAGUCAUUAACUGGGAUGAAGAUACACUUAUCCGUUUACAACUCUGGGAUAUAGCAGGUCAAGAAAGAUUUGGAAAUAUGACAAGAGUGUAUUAUAAAGAAGCUGUUGGGGCAUUCAUUGUAUUUGAUGUUACAAGAGCAUCAACAUUUGAAGCCGUACAGAAAUGGAAGAAUGAUCUUGAUAACAAAGUCACGUUACCAACAGGAGAACCUGUACCGGCUGUUUUAUUAGCAAACAAGUGUGACCAAGCUAAAGAGGGAUUAGUCAAUAACAGCAGUCAAAUGGAUGAGUAUUGUUCAGAUAAAGGAUUUAUAGGCUGGUUUGAAACCUCUGCAAAGGAAGAUAUAAAUGUUGGUGAAGCUGCGUCAUUCCUUGUUUCCAAGAUUUUAGCAAAUGAAAAAGCUCAUAAUUUCGAUGACAUCCCUAAAGAUCCUGAAUCCAUUACACUCCCUGACACGACAUCUGGUGCAAUGAACAAACAAGGAAUGAGAUCUGGUCAAAUGGAACCACAAAAAAGUGGAUGCUGUUAAUAACAACAGAAUUGAUUGAUAGGUUUUUAAUUUCUUACCAAGUAAGAAAGUUAAGCUAUAGAACUAAUUAUCACUUAUUCUUUUUCAUUCACUAAGUUCAUGGAUAUUUUUAAUAAUCAGAUUUCCCUCCAAUCUUAGUCGAGGAUCUUUUCAUAUAAGAAUUUAAAUAAAUAUAGUAGCAGUAGAAAUAAUUUUGGGGGCUUUAAUUAUUAGCACAUUGGGGAGGGGGGAUUGGCAAAAUCACAUAUAAAGCUUUACAAACAUAACCCAACCCCCUCCAUGGUAGGAGCAACAACUUCAUAACCCCCUCAUCAUCCUGCAAUAAUUCUCAACCCCCCUCAGUAUGUGGUAACCCCCCUCUAAACACUUUCGCAAAAUAAUGUAACCCCUCUACAAUUUUGCCGACCCCACAUGCUAAUAAACCAAAGCCCCCUUGGCCUAAGCUAGAGGUUGAAUUUUUUUUUUUUUGCUUUUAAUCCCAUUUAAUUACCAUUAUUAUUAAUGUAAGUGUACACAAUGAUAGGAAAUUACCAAAAAGAAAGAACAGCUAGAAAGAGAUAGCUGCCUGUUGAGUAGGCUAGAAUGGCUUCAGAGAGUUUCUUCUUCCAGCCUAAGAAAUUUUGUAUUAUAAUUUAUUAAUUCAUUACAAUAUUCUUCAUGUAGGAGUUGAAUUCCAGUGCACCCCAAGAUUUAUUGUGGUAAUAAUUAUUAAGAAUUAUAUAGUAGAGUAUAAAUAUAUAGAUUAGCAAGUAAAGCACUGCUUUGCCUAACCUCCUUUGGAAUGGAAUCUCAAUUGGUAGAUUUAUGUAUGAUUUAUGUGUACCACAUGAGAAAAAGAAUGGCAGAAAGAAACACAGCUCUUGUAAUGUACGACAUGGUGCAUUUAGUCCAAUAAUUCUGGCAAUACUGGUAGUUGAAGUUUGCAUUAGUGAACUUAUCCUUAAUGUUUCUGUUUAACCAUCUGCUUUGAAGUCUGAAGCUCUUUUACUCUGACAAAGGACUAGCGUCCGAAAYGUCAGUAAGUUUUUUCAUCUUUUCACGGUGUAUAACUUACCUUUUCAUCAUUACUGCUUUGAAGUCCAUUUUCGUUUUUGAACGCUACUACAAAUUGCAGUAUCUUUUACAUUGCUACUACAGAUGCAUGCUGCUCAAAUGUGAUCAUGUAGUACACGAAAAUCUCAUGAUCACAAAUCUACUGCCGUGAGAUGUGUUCCAACAGAUGUAAUACCACGUAUUGUAUGAAAUAUUUCAACAGUUAUGAGGCACUGUAAUUAGAUAUUAGUUUUGUACCCAUUACAUCAUUUGUUCUGAAAAGUGAUUAGCAAUGACGUGAGAAAAAUUUAUUUUAAUUUUGACAAACAUGUCAUUUAUUUUUAAAACCAAUCAUUACUAUUUAUUGUUGAAGUGCGAACAGCAAAACUUGAGGUCUUGUUUGCUGACUAGCAUUUCGAUGAACAUCAAUUAAAGAACUAAAAUAAUAAAACACUAUAGUUUUAGGGAGAUUUUAAACUCCAUUUUACAGUUCCGUUCCAAGCCGAGGCUGGAGUUUCCGCGCAUCAAAAAAGUAUAGUUUUGCUAUGCGUGGAAACUGCAGCCUCGACUUGCAACUAUUAUUCGUGGUCACUGAAUGGAACUGUAAAAUGGAGUAUUAAAGAUUUUAAAGGAUUUGAGGAAUUUAAUACAUGUAUCUUUAAUGUAGUCAAAAAUCUCCUUCAAAAUAUUAAUUUUUUGGAAUUUAUGUUCCUUGAAAGACGGCCUUCGAAAUGCAAGUCAGCAAACAAGACAUUUAGCUUUGCGGGCCGUACUUCAACAACAAUGGUAGUAAGCCUGGUUUUCACUUGCAAUGGGGUGGAAGUCCAAAUCAUUCCACACAUAAAACUGUGAAAGAAACCCCUCAUAAUUGUAAGCACAAGCCAGGAAAAAGUGAUUCUUCCAACUCAAAUUGUUAUUUAGACAAUGGAAAAUACAAUUGUAAAAAUAUAAAUAAAAAAACGUUUAAAUCAAA